GAAUGUGGCCGAGUGUGCCCAGCCCCAGGAGCAAGAGGAGCUCGAGGAGCUCAUGUCCUCCCCAGCUGUGGAGGCACUCCGAGAGGCACGUGCCAGCCAAGCCCGAGCCGAGGCUGCGCUCAAGGAAGCGCGCACGGCCAAAGAAGCGGCCGAGGAGGCAAAAAAGGCGGUCGCCCAGCUCGCCACGCAAGACGAGAGGCGGCCAGCGCGAAGCACACCGAGUUCCAGCAUUCAGGUAGCAGCUGCGGCAGCGCCUGCCAAGGCUUCAGCACCCGUAGUGCAAUCCACGGCCGCCAAGGCCGUCACAACGCCCCGGCAGGAGCGACCUCCGCUCCAAAUCGGGACGAUCGAGGAGGCGCCGAUCGUGGAUUCGCCGUUCAAGGACAUCUUCUCCAUGUCUCCCUCCGCCCCUUCGGAGAGGCCUGGGGCUGGCAGGCGUGUGGUGACCAUCAAGCGAUCGGAGGAUGUUCCCUGCCGCAUGUGCCAGGAGCUCAUUCCCUAUGACUCCAAGUUCUGCAAGUUCUGCGGAGCACAGCAGACGGUCGAGAGAAGGGAAAGCGCCCUGAAAUUGAAGGGUAAGGCAUCCGAGGGGACGGCGCUUCAGUCGGCCGAGCCGCAGGAAACCGUCCCCAAGUUCCGGCGUGCGAUGGAUGCGGACCCCGACCAGGAGAAUCUCGUGGAAACG